AUGGCUGCAUUCUUGUUUAUUUAUUCCAUUUGGUGGAGCUUCUAUAGCAUGUGCAUCAUCAUCAAGUAUAUGUACAUUGUGAUGGAGAUCAUAUGGCCGCCAAGGAUUCCUCUACGAUGUGAGCCAUAUCGCGUUAAAAAUAUGUUGCCUUCAUAUGGUUUGAUCCCAGACGAAGUCUCAGAUUCUGAAGAGGAUGCGCCAGGUCUUGUUGAUAUUGGAUCUAGUCGUGAGAAGGGCGGUCUAACAAAUGAAAGCAAAGAAAGCCGUGAAAUGGAAUCCACCGUCAGAGUGCAUUUGACAGAUGACCAAGGUGCCGAUGGCGGCACUGUUGAGAACGUGUCUGUGUUGGUCAAAACUAGACCCAGAAGGAAAAAAGUUGAAUGCACUCAAGUGAGCGAAAAGAGGAAACAACACAAAAGUAGCAGUCCACCAUCCGAACAAAUCGUGAAUUCUGUCGAGGUUGACCUAGGAAAAGUUUUGAUAACAGAAGAUGUGGCGCUUCUACAAAUUCACACAGUAGGAAGUACGCUUAAGUUUGAACGAAUCCGUCAGCCACGAAUGAAUGAAAGCCGUCGUUUUACGGAGGCAUAG